GCAAAUGGUUUUUCCUGUGCCGAAUCCUUGUGUUCCAUGUGUUUGCCUUCUGCCACGGACUAAUCCACAUGGCUUAUAAGCGAUCAGGGACCCUCUUGGUCCAUCUGUGACCCGUCAUAUUGAAUCCCAUUAGACACACCAUGUGCUCGCACCCGCAUGUCGAUCCACCUAUCGACCCCGAGGCCGACGCGGAUCUCUAUAGUGAUGAGGAUUACUCCAGCGCAGCCGGCAGUUCGACGACAUCUUUGUCGUCCAGUAUCUUACAUUAUCAAUACGAGAAUGGACGGCGGUAUCAUGCAUAUCGACAAGGAGAAUAUGUCAUUCCAAAUGAUGAAAGAGAACAAGAUCGAUUAGACCUGGGUCACCAUAUAUGUAGUCUUGUGCUGGCGGGAGCAUUAUCUCGAUCUCCCAUAUCAGAAAACCCACGAAGAAUCCUAGAUAUAGGAACCGGAACAGGAUUGUGGGCAAUUGACAUGGCUGACCAGUACCCGGAGGCACAGGUCAUCGGGACGGACCUGAGUCCGAUUCAACCUUCAUGGGUGCCACCGAAUUGUGCCUUUGAGAUCGACGACUUCGAACUUCCGUGGAACUUCGCCCAACCGUUUGAUUUCAUCCAUGCUCGAAGUGUCGAGGGAUCCGUCAAGGAUUUCCCGCAUCUCUUUCGCCAAGCACAUCAGCACCUCGUUCCCGGUGGCUGGUUUGAAAUGAUGGAACCCACCGUCGGCAUCUUUUCCGAUGACGAUAGUAUCUCGAACGCGCCGUAUCUAUCUGAAUGGCGGGAUAUGUUGAUCGAGGCGAGUAAAAAGUUUGGCAAAGAGAUGGGAGUGGCGAAAAAUUACAAGCAGUGGAUGACUGAGGCUGGCUUCACGGAUGUGACGGAGGAAAUAUUCAAGGUGCCUUUUUCGCCAUGGGCUAAAGACCCCAAGCUGAAGGAACUGGGACGCUACCAGCAAGCUAAUAUGCUUGAGGCUCUCGAGGCGUACUCAUUGGCGCUGUUCACUCGAUUCUUGGGUUGGAGUGUUGAUCAGAUCCAGUUGCUUUUAGUAGGGGUUCGACGAGAAUUACUAGACCGGAGGCUACAUAUCUACUCUCGGUACUAUCUGGUUUACGGUCGGAAGGAGAAGGAAGACUCGUAGUCAUCAGAUUGGAGAUGUUGGGAGAGUCAAGUACGGUCAGGUUUGUCUGUGCAUGGCAGUAUAUCGCCUUUUUUCGUUUUGCCUUACCUUUCUUUUGUUUUCUUUCUCUUUCGAUUUCUCUUUCUCUCUUCCCCCCCCCCUUCCCAUUCUCCACUCUCCACAUGGUUGAAUCCAGUGCCAUCCCAAGCAAUAUACGCGCAUUCCCACCGACCAGAAAAUCAGACAUACAUACAGGUCACAUAUUGAUAUCUGCUCCCCGACACAUGAUGCAGCUUUUCAGAUGGAUUGUCACUGUGCUAUUGGAUAGUAUCCAGACGUAUGAGUACCAGAGGAGACACCAAACCCUUCCAUUCUUCUCGACAGCAGAGACUGCUGCUCAAGACUCAGCAGGUACCUUGGUAGUUAGUAGCCCUGCUGAAACCUCUAUUUGGUUAGUGCCUCAUCUCGCUACGGGACAUCCCCCCGAUCAUGUGACCCCGUUACUCCGUCAGCUUGCAUUAGUGUACAUAUUGGCAGAGUAUUUUCAUCGGUUGCACGUGUCUGAUCGAAACCUAGAACACAACCAGAAGUACUUCUCAGCACUCGAGAUGUAUGGCCAUCUUUCCAUGACUUGAAGAUUUUUUUUUUUUUUUUUUU